UGAAUGGAAGCAUAUGCACUUUUUUUGUUUGUUUUUAUUUUGUUUGUUCUAGGAUAAAUGCUGUGUCAAACGCGCAGGUGAGAGGAGACAGCUACAGUGACGGAUGUUUAGGGAGGACAGGUGCUCGUGUCUGGCUCUUUAUUGGCUUUAUGCUGAUGUUUGGGUCACUUAUUGCUUCAAUGUGGAUUCUCUUUGGAGCAUAUGUUACACAGAACACUAAUGUUUACCCUGGAUUAGCAGUGUUUUUCCAGAAUGCAUUGAUAUUUUUCAGUACCCUGAUCUACAAGUUUGGAAGAACAGAAGAAUUGUGGGGAUGAGAGAUCAAGGAGAGCGUUGUCUAUUCCAUAGUGGCUAUGUUGUACUCUGUAUGUAGAUACAUUUACAUUCAUUUGUUCUCAUUUUGCUUUCUCAAUCAUACGAACUGAGACAAAUUACAGUUUCUGUAAGAAGUUCCCUCUUUUCAGAGGAACGCUUUGUGAAUAUGUACAUAUGACUGUAUAUAUCUUAAAAAGGGAAAGUCGGGCUCGCUGUCCGAAAUCUUCACGCUCCUUUCUUCAAGCGCACGGGGCUCCAUCCACCUUCCACACUUCCAGACUUCCACUGCAGGGGAGCUACAAAGAAAUUAACAGGAUAAAGCGGGUUCCCCAUAAAAGUGCUUAUUACUCUUAGGCAUGGGCCUGCUCGAGCUCCUUUUGCAAGGGCUGCUUGGUCACCUGAAGCUGCAGAGAGCCUAGGGAAGGGGCCCAGCCAAAACUGUCCUUAAUGUCGGUAAAUUCUGUUGCAUUCUUGAAAGUUGCUUUCAAGGAUUUAACUGCUCAGAACAACUCAAAAGUAGCUUUAAUUUUUGAACAGGGCCCUGUGUUGGGCAGAUCCUGCGUGGCAGACGCAGCUCUUGCUGACYCCCGCCCGCUGUAGCCCAAGGGAAGUCUGGCAGCAGCCCAGCCCUCGCAGGACCGAGCUCCUGCCCUUCACUCCAAUAGACACUAAUAAGCAUUUACUCUAUCUGCUAAUAGUGAAAAACCCUGGAACUGAUGCUAGUUAAGAGACGUAAGGAAGAAAAGAGAGUCCGACCAGCAUGUCUAAUGUUAGGCCAGCAUACAUUUUCCUCAAGGAAAGCUUUUUGCUCAUUAAGUGACUCUGCUACGUAUGACUUUUUAAAUAGAAAUGGUGAGCAUUUCAAGUGGGGAUAUAAUAGAAAUGUUUUUAUUGCUGUAGUGCUUCUAAAAAAAUAAUGAUCUUACCGAGCAUUUUGACUUCCCUGAGUUUUAGGAGUGCCACUUGCCCCAGUUAAAAUUUAUUUAUUUCCCAAAUUUGAUGGGCACUUCAUAGAAAUGCAGCUGUUACUGAAGUCCAGUUUCUUCUGGCUGAAAYAGACAGGAAGGGAGCACAUUCUGUAGCUUUGGACUGAUCUUGUGUAUCCACCUUGCUGUUGGUGACUUCCUUCCCUUCCGAGUUUUAUGUGGUCCUGGAGCAUUUGAAUCUCCCCUGCGUCCGAAAGCUUUUAUAACUUCCUGUGUAUCAGAAUAGCCCGUGAAGUGCUACUGCCCGAAAGGCUGUAACUUAUGUGCAUGGUUACUGUGUGCUGUUAGUCAUCUAACUGCUCCCUUGUGGGAAUCUUUCCAGUGGACAGAAUAUGAAGCAAAUACUGCAGCUGAAAUUGUGCUACUGG